UGGAGGGUUGAUUUGCUAGUUGAUUUGCCUUUGCUAAAGUGAAGCCAGGAGUUUGCAGGGAAAUUCUAGUUGUCAAGGUAGUUUUAUUACAAAUGGAAGAUAAUAACCCCACCCUGGCCAUGAAAUAUGGCUGGUAGAACUGUUGACCUUCAGCUAGGAGAAAAGGAAAUGAUAAAAAUAUUUCAGGCAAUAUGGUCCCAGUUUCUAGAGUGCUUUGCUUCACCAAAUAGUAUUUCUUUGAAGCUGAACAUCACCUUUGGGUGCUCCCCCUUUUCUUGUUCAUUUGCAUCCUUCUAAAAAGUGGAGAGGAGCAGGUAACACAGUGAGUGACUAAUUCUUUCUAAUCCGAACUUCAGAGAAUGAAUCUCUGCUCAUAUAGUUAUCAUUUACCAGAAUUUGCAUGUGCUGUGAAAUAAGGAGUGGGUUUAAAGCGUAUGCAUCUCCCCAACUCCCACUCCAUAUUUUAUUUGUUUUAUUUUAAGAUGGGAUCUCCCUGUCCCUGGCACUCAAACCUUACUUCUUAGUGUAUGACCCUUGGUCCUAAUCUCAUAAUACAUACAAAUCUUGCAGGGUGAAUAUCCUCUGAAUAGCCCUGGAGUUGGACAAAGACAUUUUAGGGAGGUACCUAAACAACAUCUUCCAGCAAUAUAAUAAUAUUUUGGAGUUACACAAGCCUCUGAAAAAGAACCCAUUUAAUAGAAUAUUCCGCUGUACUGUAGUAAACUUUUAUUUGUAGUUCUUAAUUGCUUUUCUAUUUUAAAAACACCAAAUACCAAAAGUGACAUAAAACAUUAAAACCCAGCCAGAUGGGUGGGGUAUAAAUAAUAAAUUAUUAUUAUUAUUAUUAUUAUUAUUAAAUUCAUGUCCUAAAGCAUGUUAUAGAUGUCUUGGCAGAAAGAUGGUAUAGAAAAACAAUAAAUGAUAAAAGCAUUAAGUAAUUGACAACAAGCAUCAUGAUCAUGCUAGUUAAGCUGGAAUUCAUUCCAUAUGGUCUGGUAUGCAAUUAAAUUUAGAGGCAUGUCAUAAUUAUAAACAAAUUUCAUGGGAAUUGUUGAUGUUGAAUGAAGCUCCCUUUCUCCCCUGGUAAUUUUUAAAAAUACACCUUUUCCUUGUUUUAAGCAUUUCUUGAAACAAACAAAAGCGGAGAUGACACCUUAAUGCAACUUUGGCACAGUUUUUUAAGUAUUCAGAGAUAAGUCUAUUGGGAAUGCCAAAACCACACGGAAUGACAACAGUAGCCGCUUCGGAAAGUACAUUGAAAUAGGUUUUGAUAAAAGGUUUCGAAUCCUUGGUGCCAACAUGAGAACUUACCUCUUAGAAAAAUCACGAGUGAUAUUUCAGGCAGAAGAAGAGAGAAAUUAUCAUAUCUUCUACCAGCUCUGUGCUUCUGCAACGUUACCUGAAUUUAAAACUUUGCGGUUAGGGAAUGCAAGCCAUUUUCACUAUACCAAGCAAGGAGGCAGUCCAGUCAUUGAUGGAAUUGAUGAUGCUAAGGAAAUGAUGAACACCAGGCGGGCUUGCACUUUGUUGGGUAUUGUUGAUUCCUGUCAGAUGGGAAUAUUUCAGAUCCUUGCUGCUAUUCUUCACCUGGGCAAUGUGGCAUUCACAUCUCGAGAUGCUGACAGCUGUACAAUACCAGCCAAAAACGAACCCCUCACCAUCUUCUGUGAUCUCAUGGGAGUAGAAUAUGAACAGAUGGCUCACUGGCUCUGCCACAGGAAGCUUGCUACUGCCACAGAGACCUACAUCAAACCAAUUUCCAAACUGCAGGCCAUAAAUGCCAGGGAUGCUCUUGCAAAACAUGUAUAUGCUAGUCUGUUUAACUGGAUUGUCGAUAAUGUGAACCAAGCUCUUCAUUCCACCAUGAAACAACAUUCUUUUAUUGGCGUAUUGGACAUCUAUGGGUUUGAAACCUUUGAGAUAAACAGCUUUGAACAGUUCUGUAUAAACUAUGCUAAUGAGAAACUGCAGCAACAGUUCAAUAUGCAUGUCUUUAAACUGGAGCAAGAAGAAUAUAUGAGGGAACAAAUUCCUUGGACCUUGAUUGAUUUCUAUGACAAUCAGCCCUGCAUUAACCUCAUAGAGGCCAAACUGGGUAUUUUGGAUUUGCUAGAUGAAGAGUGUAAGAUGCCUAAAGGUUCGGAUAAUAGUUGGGCCCAGAAAUUGUACAAUACUCACUUGAACAAGUCUGUUCUCUUUGAAAAACCCCGUAUGUCAAACAAAGCAUUUAUCAUCCAACACUUUGCAGAUAAGGUGGAGUACCAGUGUGAAGGGUUUUUGGAAAAAAACAAAGAUACUGUCUAUGAAGAGCAGAUCAAAGUUCUAAAAUCAAGUAAGUUUAAGAUGCUGCCUGAGCUCUUUCGGGAUGAGAAGCCCAUCAGCCCCACUACAGCAACACCUUCAGGCCGUACGCCAUUGUCUCGUGCGGCUGUAAAACCAUCAAAGUCUAAAACGGCCCAAACAAGCAAGGAACAUAAGAAAACAGUGGGCCAUCAGUUCAGAAAUUCUCUGCAUCUUCUGAUGGAGACCCUUAAUGCCACAACUCCUCAUUACGUACGGUGUAUUAAGCCAAAUGAUUUCAAGUUCCCAUUUAUGUUUGAUGAAAAGCGGACCGUGCAGCAGCUCAGAGCUUGUGGUGUGCUGGAAACAAUUCGAAUCAGUGCAGCUGGCUUCCCUUCCAGGUGGACCUAUCAAGAAUUUUUCAGUCGCUAUCGUGUGCUGAUGAAGCAGAAAGACGUCCUCAAUGACAGGAAGCAGACAUGUAAAAAUGUCCUGGAGAAACUUAUUCUGGAUCAGGAUAAGUACCAGUUUGGGAAGACAAAAAUAUUUUUCCGGGCUGGUCAGGUAGCUUACUUGGAAAAAAUAAGGGCCGAUAAACUGAGAGUUGCAUGCAUCCGCAUUCAAAAGACCAUCAGAGGAUGGUUGUUGCGGAAGAAGUACCUGCGCAUGAGGAAGGCAGCCAUCACCAUUCAGAGAUAUGUCCGAGGGUACCAGGCAAGAUGCCUUGCCACUUUCCUUAGAAGAACAAAAGCUGCCAUCAUUAUUCAGAAAUUCCAGCGCAUGUAUGUUGUCCGCAAGCGAUACUGUCACACGCUAGCCGCUACAUUGGUUCUCCAGUCAUAUUUGCGAGGUUAUAUUGCUAGGAAGAAGUAUCAGCAGAUGCUUCGUGGGCACAAGGCCACCAUUAUACAGAAACAUGUGCGUGGUUGGCUGGCUCGCGUGCGGUACCACAGAUCUUUGGAGGCAAUUCUCUAUCUCCAAUGCUGCUUCCGGCGCAUGAUGGCUAAGAGAGAGCUGAAGAAGCUGAAGAUAGAGGCACGCUCUGUGGAACACUACAAGAAACUCAACGUUGGCAUGGAGAACAAGAUCAUGCAGCUGCAACGUAGAAUUGAUGAGCAGACCAAAGACUCCAAAUCCCUAAUUGAGAAACUAAGUACUCUGGAGGCAGCAUACACGUCUGAGACAGAGAAGCUAAAGAAUGAUGUAGAACGCCUUAAAAUGAGUGAAGAAGAGGCCAAGAAUGCCACCAACCGUGUCCUUAGCCUUCAAGAGGAGAUCGGCAAGCUCAGAAAGGAACUGCACCAAACACAGACUGAGAAGAAGACGAUUGAGGAAGAGGCAGAAAUAUACAAACAAGAAACAGACCAGUUGGUACUGGAAUUAAAAGAGCAAAACACACUGCUUAAAACAGAGAAGGAUGAGCUGAACCAUCGGAUCCAGGACCAGGCCAAAGAGAUAACAGAGGUCAUGGAGAAAAGGUUUACUGAGGAGACAAAGCAGCUAGACCUGGAUUUGAACAAUGAAAGGCAGAGAUAUCAGAAUCUGCUGCAGGAGUUCAGCCGGUUAGAGGAGCGUUAUGAUGACCUCAAGGAUGAGAUGAAGGUUAUGAUGAGCAUCUCCAAGCCUGGACACAAGCGAAGAGAUUCCACGCAUAGUAGCAAUGAAUCAGAAUACACCUAUAGCUCUGAGAUCACUGAGGCAGAAGAAUUUCCAAUGAGAACAGAGGAGCCAAGCGAGAAGAAAGCACCUCUGGACAUGUCUCUAUUCCUUAAAUUACAAAAACGGGUUACAGAGCUGGAGCAGGAAAAGCAGUCCUUGCAGGAUGAGCUGGACAAGAAAGAGGAACAAGCUCUCCGAACCAAGAUCAAGGAGGAAGAAAGGCCUCAGAUGAGAGGCGCAGAGCUAGAAUAUGAGUCGCUUAAACGCCAAGAGCUUGAAUCCGAGAAUAAGAAACUCAAGAAUGAGUUGAAUGAGUUGAGGAAGGCCUUGAUGGAAAAGAGCGCUCCGAACGUCACUGCCCCUGGUGCCCCAGCGUAUAGGGUCCUCUUGGAUCAGAUGACCUCUGUCAGCGAGGAGCUGGAAGUACGUAAGGAGGAAGUCCUCAUUCUGAGAUCUCAACUCAUGAGUCAGAAGGAGGCAAUUCAGCCUAAGAACACCAUGACAGACUCCACAAUCCUUUUAGAGGAUGUACAGAAGAUGAAGGACAAAGGCGAGAUAGCCCAGGCAUAUAUUGGUCUGAAGGAGACAAACAGAUCAUCUCUUCAGGACUAUCAUAUGCUGAAUGAGGACGGAGAGCUGUGGCUGGUAUAUGAAGGGCUAAAACAAGCCAACAGGCUACUGGAAUCUCAACUGCAGUCUCAGAAGAGGAGCCAUGACAAUGAACUGGAAGCCCUCCGUGGAGAGAUUCAGAGUUUGAAGGAGGAGAACAAUCGCCAGCAGCAGUUGUUAGCGCAGAACCUGCAGCUGCCCCCAGAAGCCCGUAUAGAAGCUAGCCUACAACAUGAGAUCACCCGCUUGACUAAUGAAAACCUAUAUUGUGAGGAGUUAUAUGCAGAUGAUCCCAUGAAGUAUCAGUCGUACCGGAUUUCACUUUACAAACGGAUGAUUGAUUUAAUGGAGCAGCUUGAAAAACAGGACAAGACUGUUCGCAAACUGAAAAAGCAGCUUAAAGUCUAUGCAAAAAAGAUUGAUGAACUUGAAGUGGGCCAGAUGGAUAACAUUUCACCUGGACAAAUAAUUGAUGAGCCAAUCCAUCCUGUCAAUAUUCCAAGGAAAGAAAAGGACUUCCAGGGGAUGUUAGAGUAUAAAAAGGAAGAUGAGCCAAAGCUUGUCAAGAACCUGAUUUUAGAUCUGAAGCCACGAGGUGUGGCAGUCAACCUCAUCCCAGGAUUGCCAGCAUACAUUUUGUUCAUGUGUGUCCGCCAUGCUGACUAUCUUAAUGAUGACCAAAAAGUGAGGUCCUUGCUAACUUCGACUAUUAAUGGCAUCAAAAAAAUCUUGAAGAAAAGAGGUGAUGACUUUGAAACAGUUUCCUUCUGGCUGUCUAACACAUGUCGAUUUUUGCACUGCUUGAAGCAGUACAGUGGUGAAGAGGGUUUUAUGAAGCACAACACACCUCGUCAGAAUGAACAUUGCCUCACUAACUUUGACCUUGCUGAAUACAGACAAGUGCUGAGUGACUUGGCCAUUCAGAUCUACCAGCAGCUUGUCAGAGUGUUGGAGAAUAUUCUGCAGCCAAUGAUUGUUUCAGGAAUGUUGGAGCAUGAAACUAUCCAAGGGGUGUCGGGGGUGAAACCAACUGGUCUCCGAAAGAGAACCUCCAGCAUUGCUGAUGAAGGGACGUACACACUGGACUCUAUCAUCCGGCAGCUGAAUACCUUCCACUCAAUCAUGUGUCAGCAUGGAAUGGAUCCAGAGUUGAUCAAACAGGUAGUCAAGCAGAUGUUCUACAUCAUUGGAGCAGUGACCCUCAAUAACCUCCUCCUGCGGAAAGAUAUGUGCUCCUGGAGCAAAGGGAUGCAGAUAAGGUACAAUGUAAGUCAGCUUGAAGAAUGGCUUCGUGACAAAAAUCUGAUGAAUAGUGGGGCUAAAGAAACUCUGGAGCCUCUCAUCCAAGCAGCGCAGUUGUUGCAGGUGAAAAAGAAAACGGAUGAGGAUGCUGAGGCCAUUUGUUCCAUGUGCAAUGCCUUAACUACUGCACAGAUUGUGAAAGUUUUGAACUUGUAUACUCCAGUUAAUGAGUUUGAAGAAAGAGUGUCUGUGUCCUUUAUCCGGACGAUACAGCUCCGUAUGCGAGACAAGAAAGACUCUCCUCAACUGCUAAUGGAUGCUAAGCAUAUUUUUCCUGUUACUUUCCCAUUUAACCCAUCAUCUCUUGCAUUAGAAACCAUCCAGAUCCCAGCAAGUUUGGGCCUAGGAUUCAUCUGUCGUGUCUGAAGCAAGUGUACAGUUCGCUUUUUGAUCAUGAGUGUGCUUACCUGUAAUCUUAAAACAGCAAAGACACUGAAAAGCCAUGGCUGGGGUGGGGAACGGAAGAAAGCUGGGGAAAAUAUUGUAGAUGCCCUGAAAAGCAUUGCAGAAAGCUGGGAUGCUGCGUAACUGUCUCAAGCUGAAGGCUAACGGAGACAUUAACAUUUGUAUAAAUUCACUAGUCUCAUGCUGAGGUCUAUAGAAGAAUUUCAGAAUUUGAAAUUUUUCAGUACGGAUCAUUCCCUACUCCCCCACCCCUACCCCGUUAGCUGUCUUUUAUAUUUGAGUUUGGCACUAGUGACAUUCUGAGGAACAAAGCUUUUCUAUCCCCUUUCCUCUGAGAUCAAAAGAGUACCUGUUCUGUUGCUGGUGGGCAAGGCAAAACUUUUAUGGUACUUGGGACCACCUGAAGAGCAGUUUCGCCCAAUUUAGCAAGGCUGAGGAACAGAAUGUGCACCAUUAAGUUUGAAGUGGCCACCAAUUGCAGCUCCCUGCUACACACACAGACAUAUAGUCACUUCCAAUGUGAUGGUGUCAGUGUCAGUAUCCUCAAUCUGUCUCUUUCUGAUUCUUUAUGAGUUAGAGAAGGUCCCUUCCCAUCAGGACUCUCUGGGAGCGGUGGUUAUGGCUCCGGUGCAGCCAUGGCAGGGUUGGUCUCCCCUCCCAGAGGGGACACUCCAGGCUGCUAUCUCUGUACCAGCAGCCAGACAUUCACUAGAGAGUCUCAGUUUUUAGCAAGCUGGGGGUGUGGCUGGGGAGCGGACCUGAGGGAGAACUUCUCCUUGGUCCACUCCCUAGCUUUGAAAGCUGAUGGAGAAGAUAUAGCUGAGAGGCCAUUUUAACUCCUUAUAAUUUACUUUAAUGUAAUUAAGUCAUAGAUUUGCUCGUAGACAGGGACCAGAGAGGACAGACGAGUCCAUUUUAAAGGUGUGAUUUUUAGUGAAGUAUAUAAGCAUUUAGGGAUAUCUGCUAUAUGUUAAAACAUGUUAGAGACUGGAAAGUGUAAUGCAAAAGGGCAGUAGAAAACAGAAUAUACCAGGCAUUUGGUCUGUGCAAACCCAUUGUAGUGAACAGAAGUUGCGGUCUCUUCAAUGGGGGCAUGCACAGUAGACAUUCGUAGUAGAUUGCACUACAGGAGAUAAUCUGUCAAAAUUAUUCCUUAUUUAUGUCAGUGGGACAUAAAUGAUGCAAAGUAUCAAAAAAGUCUUUUGGCUUACAGUACGGUACAACAUAGCUGUUCAUUAGUUAGUACUGUUUCAAAACAUAUCCAAGUGCUGCUGUGUGCUGUGUUCUUAUAAAUGUACAGUAAUAAUCUUUAGGCAAGAAAAAAUAAAGAUAUAAAAAACCCACUUUAAUAGUCCAGUCUUUUAACAAGAUUUAUGUAAGAAGUAAGGAAUAUCGCUGGUAAUAGGAAAUGGUAACUAAGCACAAACAACAAACUGGAAGAUGCAUAGUAAUUGUAUUUCAAAUGUUUACUUAAAAGUAUUGAAGACCCUGAGUUCAAUGAACAAAACCCAAACAUAUUGUAUUUUUUGUAUUUAUUUAUCAUUCUGGUGUAUGUUAGCUUCACACCUUGGGUUUUUUUUAGCUGCCAGCUUAAUGACAGUAUGUAUGCUUUAAUUUUAUACAUUUUGGAGUUGUUGUUUAAGAUAUUUUAGAUAUUUAAGAUGUCUCUCAAAUGUUUAGGUGAGAGAGGAAUUACUUUACUCCAAAUCUCCUGAAUACCUUAGGUCCUUGCUUCACAUUCAUUUUUCAAAAUGUAAAACAAACUCUGAUUUGGGUGCACUUUGAAAAAUAAUAUGAAUAACAGUAAUACUCUUGCUUCUGUAUCUAUGGGAAUAUUUCACUGGACACAUUAAGAAGCAUACUGCUUGAUAACAUUUUUGCUAGGAUCUGUCACAUUCUGAACACUUGCCUCAAUGUGGAACUGACAGUUCAAAAUGUCUGUUUAUUCUUGCUCAGUGUUUUCUGAUGUCGAUUUUUUUUAAUACGGUCAGUGCUGAUCAGAUAUACAUAGGAAGAAAUUACGUAUUUUGAGAUUGCCAUGUGCAAUAUUGUAUUAUAGCAAUUGUAAUGUAUAUUUAUUUUAAAACAUAUCUUUAUGCUGUAAAGGCAUGGUUUAAAUUUCUUUGUACAUCCUUAGAGCGACAUUGCUCUCACUUGAGAAGACCAGUGAUGUGCAUCAGGCAUCUGGUCACUGAUAAAGUAAAUAAAGUGAGCUGCUGUUUAUUCUUCAGUACUGUUCUUAAAAACUGAUUUGGGUUAUCUCUCUUUUGGAUUUUUGUUGUUGGCAGAGAGGUGUGAUGGUUGUUUUUAAGAAACAUUCAGCUACUUCAACUCAAGCAUUGUCCAAUGUAUUUUCUUUAUGGUAAACGAACAGUUAUUUAUUUGAAUAUGUUUACUUUACACCUGGCAUAAAGUUUACAAAAAUGAUUCCUAACAAGGCGUGCUUCUUCUAAAACGACUUUAAAAUACAGUCAAAAACAGGUAUCCUCUGUGUCUGCUGCCAGGAAGGGGGCCUUAUCACCAAGGAGCCCUGAGCAAAAAUGCGAAGGCACACAAUUUGCUACCCUAGAGUCUGAGAUGAUCACUGUUUUUAUUAUAGUUAUGACAGAGUACACUAUCUUCUCACAUUUUCACUGGAUUCCUAGUAUAUCAUGUGAUAAUUUUAAUGACACUGAUUUAAAGCAACAGCAGCACUUUUAAAAAUUAGAACCUCAACAAAAACAGAAUUUCCACUAUCUUCGUCCUGUGAAUUAACUGAAAUUCUGCCCUCUAAAAUUCUUCUACAGUAGUAAGAUAAAAUUAUCUCAAGAAUCUUAACUACAUCAGAAACUAUGCUUAAAUGUACGAAUCCCCCCUUUUGUUUACCUGUAAAAAGGGCCUUACUGUACCUUGUUUAUUUACAAGUGAUAGAUGUUUAUAGGCAUUAUCCUUAUAUUCAGUAGUCUAAUACUACUUUCGGUCACAUUAAAAUAGUAUGCUGCUUCACAUGUUUUAAAGGAAGAUAUUUCUAAGUUUAACUAGUAUUUUCUAAUUCAUCUAAUACUUUACAUAGCAGUAUUUUACAUGCACUUUUCAUAGGUUAACAUUUUUAGUACUGAUACACAAAUAUAAAAUGUUUUGUUUAGUUCUUCUAGUUUAGAGUCCUUACGCCUAACACAAUUCUGGUUAUGCUUAUUUCCCCUCCCUUUAUAGCAUGGUUAUUGCUUUUUAAUGUGGAAAUGCCUUUAUUUCUAAAUUUGUCAAUUUGAUAAGAUAUAGUCUCUCCAGUGCUGGGGGGGGGGGCAACUUACGAGAACCCUUUUGAAAUGUACAGACCUGAAGUAUUGCACAAAUAUUACCUCAUUAGGUUUCAGAUAUUUUCUUCUUCCAGUGAUGAGUCCAUUGAUUCUGCAACAUAACCUUGUGUCCAGAUUUUAGCAAAACACUUCGCAAGCUUCAAUUAGGAAUGAACUUAAAAAAUAUUUAAAGAUUUGGUUUUGUUAAAUAUUAACUGAUCAAGUAUGCAAUCUUGUGGGUAAUUUUAGAGCCCCAAUUCAGUGGAAAAUAUUUGCAUGUGGUGUGCAGAGAAUCAAACCCCUAACCUUCAUAAAGAAUAAUGUGCUAUAGAAACAUGCGCCUCAGUCUAGAGAUCCUGCUCCUAUUAUAUUCAUGGGAUAGCAGUUCUGCUUGUACUUUUCCCCUUUUCCAUAGAAUCCCAUGUGCUCAUUAAAUAAAGAAUCCUAUGAUUGGUGGAUUGGAUCUGUUUUCAUGUGCACAUGGAAGCAGUCACAAUAGCAGUGCACUGCGGAUACCCAGCUUGUCCUCAAAAAAGAAGACACUCUGAAUCUAUGGGACAGUUUCUGGCGAUGCUUUUUGCUUUUGCAUACAGCAGAUUUUUUUUUAAAAAAACAAACAAACAGAUCAUCUCUGGUUCCGGGUCAGUACAUGGACAGAAGUCCCUUUUAUUCCAGCAAAGCUUUUAUCCAAAUUUGCUUGGGAUAGUGGCAUUUUGCCUUUUGGUUACGUAUCUCAAAACCACCAGCAUUUAGAAGCUGAAGGUCUCUUUUCAUUUGAGAUUUCAAAACCAGACACAUUUCAAAAUAUCACAUAAAAAUCCUUUGGAAAUUACUAUUUUAAAAAUUGUAAUUCUUUUUGAAACAAAGGUUUUGACAGACAAUAGGUUUUCACUAGAUACUGCUACUGUGCUUAGAUGGAAACCAAAACGGUAUCAGAAUGAAAUAAGCUCUGAACUGUCUUAGUGUCUGACGUAUUUAGUAAACGUAUGCUUCAUAAAUGCUGUACCUUAGCUAUCACUGAAAUGUCCAAAUAAAAAUACAACUGUUAAGUCUUCUUUGGUGUCUCUUGUGUAAAUACUUGGAGUUAUCAAGUGCAGUUGAAUUUUCAACCUACAGAUGUCAGUCACACUGAGUUCAAUGGGAUUUAAAAGUACUGUAACUUGAGGAGGACUGCAGCUCUGUUUAUAGGCAAUCUAGGAGGGAAACAAAGAAUGGGUACAGCUUCCCCAAACAAUUAACUUAUGAGACUUACAUUUAAUGCUGUACCAUGAUACUUCAAAAAAGACAUGUUCCAAAACUUCAAAGAUCCAAAUGGAGGGGUGCAGGUUAACUUUAAAUACUGCUUAAAUUUCUGCAACUGAAAAACCUGAAUCUUCACUAAAUCAUAGAAUUGUAGAGUUGGCAGGGAACCCCAAGCGUCAUGUAGUUGAACCCGCUGCAAUACAAGAAUCACAACUUAAAUAAUCCCUGGCAGAUGGAUCAUCCAAUCUCUGUUUAGAAACCUCCAAUGAAGGAAUUCACCACCUUCCAAGGUAUAUUCCAAUCCACUGUCAAACAUUUAUCGCCAUCAGAAAGUUCUUCCUAAUGUUAAGUUGGAAUACCCUUGCUCCAUCAUCCAUGUGACAGCCCUUCUUACAUUUCCAGACCUUUUAUCAUCUUGGUCAACCACCUCUGCUUGUCAAUAUCUUGCUUAAACUGUGGUGCCCAGAAAUCUCGAGGGUGGGGUCUGACCAUGGCAGAAUAGAGUGGUACUAUU